AUGUCUGUUACACUGCACACGACACUAGGUGACAUCAAGAUUGAAGUUUGCUGCGACACCGCCCCCCAUACCGCUGAAAAUUUCCUGGCACUUUGUGCAAGUGGCGCCUAUGACGGCACAACAUUUUACCGUAACAUGAAAGGUUUUAUGGUGCAAGGAGGAGACCCGACAAGUACAGGCAAAGGUGGCGAAAGUAUAUGGGGUGGAACCAUUGAUGAUGAAUUUCACCCGCAGAAUCGACACAACUGCCGAGGUGUCGUGUCCAUGGCCAAUAGCGGUCCCAAUACCAACAAGCAGCAAUUCUUUAUCACGUACGCCAAGCAGCCCCAUCUUAACAACGUCUACACGAUAUUUGGCAAGGUCAUCGAUGGUAUGGAUACGCUGGAUGCCAUGGAAAAGACGCCUGUAGAUGCCAAGAACCACCCGCUUAAAGAGAUCGUGAUCAAAUCCGUCACCAUGCAUGCGAAUCCGAUUGCAGAUAUGUGA